GAAAUGUCUUAGGGGCUAAGCCCCUCCCACCGGAGUUGAGCUGCACGUCUGCUGUGUUGAUACCGAACAAAAUGGCUGUAGAGGCUUGAUCCUGACUCGACACUCUCAGCGCUUUCUCCGGACACUCCGCACUUAUUCCUGGAUAUUUCCACUCGUUUUAAAAACAUCUCUGGAUUUUCCCACACGACUGCCGCCAGACUGCCCGCCACAUCGCUCGCUAUCUUUAUUUUUGCACUUUAAUGAAACAGCUCGCAUCGUAUAAUCUCAUGUCAGUCUACCAGACAGUAGCAGCUUCAAACUGCCCUCUUCUUCAUUUUGCACCGUAGAUGAGAUGCUAUUUCUGAUGACCAAUUUAUGCCACUGUACUUGACAAACUGCCUCGCUGUUUUAUUUUUUUCCGUCUUUUCAAGGGUAACGUUAUAUGUCAUGGAAAGUCAUUGCUGUUUUUCCAGCAUGCAUGCAUCUAUAAUCUCCAUCAGAGCCCAAAACUCUGAGUGCAUAGAAAUUUCAGUCACACACUGAAUUUUGCGUUUACUUUCGUUCUGCUGCCUUUUUGGGGCUGUUUCGGAAGUUCAGCUGCUUCAUACAUUGUUACUUGGGUCUGUCUGUUUUUUUCGGGGGGGAAAAUGCCUUUUGUACCGCUGUACAACAUGCGACACUUUUUUUUUUUACAGAAAGCUGCCAAAGCUCGACUUGUGAACAAAAAGCUGAGAGAAGCUGAACAUCACGAGGAGAGAACCAUUUGAUGGAAGAAAAGAAAAAGCAAGAAGAAGAGACAAAGAAGGAUACUGCACAGAAAACGGAUACUGAACAGAAAACCAAAGUGCCAGACUCUGUUAAACCCAAUCCCAGCAUCCCUUCAAGCCCCAUUCUGACCCUGAACCUGCCUGUACCCUCUACUGCCACCACCAGCAAUGGCAAGCGUAGCCCUUGUAAUUCCCUCCAACAGCAUUUACCUCCAUUACAGCAGCCCAGUCCCCGAUAUGUACCCAGAGAGGUUCCUCCACGCUUCCGACAGCAGGAGCAGAGGCAGCUACUGAAGAGGGGUCAACCUUUACCUACAGGCGCACUGAACCCGACCUCUGCUUGCACUCAGUCCGGGGUCAUCUCUCCUCCCGAGACACCCACCAGCAAACGGCACACGGGUGUUCCCCAUCAAAGUGGACUGGGAGCCCAGCAUGAGAAUUGUCUUUGGAGCAUCCCAGUCAGCAAAAGCAACAGCAGCAACCUGGAUAAAGUGAUUUUUAACUGUAACGACACCGACACUUGGCCUUCCAAUACAUACGGCAAGAGCCACCAGACACCAGAAUGCACCUUGAACGCUGAACGCACAUCAGAGGUCGUCAGCAACAGUAGCAGCACUAUUAUGGCUACAGGAGCUAGCCAGCAGGGUCAUUACCCAAUCAGCAAAGCCAGCAUUAAUCUCUCUUCUAGUAUGGUCUCUAGUCAAAGUGGCCCUACCAGGGGCUGGGUCUCAGAGGGAAAGAUUGACUUGUCCAUGGGCAGUAGAGGGCAGUCCAACUGGGGUGCCUCUAAUCUGAACCUAAAUCCCAGUGCCAACCCUGCUGCUUGGCCAGCACUUGGACAUGAGGGUCCUGGGGUAGGGUCAGGCCCUAGUAGCAUGGUUUGCUCAAAUCCACUUUCACUCAGUAUGUGUGGCCAAGGAGGAGUGGCACCACCUCAUGGCACCAAUGGAAAUGGCAGCAUUGGUUGUGUCAAUGGAAACCUUGUAGGGGACUGUGCAUGGGGCAACCCGGAUGUCCCAGAACAGCAUCAGUCACCCACAAAUGUAUCUUUCAACAUGAAACCUCCUAACCUUAAAACUGAUGGACCAAAUAACAGUAAACCAGAGCCAAUGAGUCCAGUGAACAGCUGGAGAGGAAACCUCAGUCAGUCACCUACUGAGCCUGCCAGCGAAGAUGGAACUGCCUUCUGGGGCAACGGCGAUGCCAAAAAUGGAGAAUCAAAGGACUCAGGCUGGGAUUCUGCAGGCGUCUCCUCUUGGGGGCAGGGAGGAGCUAGCAGUGGUGGUGGCUGGGGUGACUGGGGCAAACAACCAAGCACUGACGGUACAGGAUGGGAUGUAAAUGAUGGUCCUUCCCAGGACCAUAUGAGUUCCUGGGGCCCUGAUACUCCAGCAAGUGAGGGCAGCAGGGACAGUAGUGAGGGCCACCCAAGAAGAAGAGAAAGGUCCUCAAGUGAUGAUUUGGCCCCUUUACUCCCAAGGCAGGACUUGGACCCACGUGUCCUCUGCAACACAGGCUGGGGACAGACUCCAGUUCGCCAACACACUGUUUGGGAAAUGGAAGAAAGUCCAGACAAAAAGAAUGGUGCAGGGACUGAGGUCUGGGGGUCUUCCUCCAACACACCUUCAGCUGGACCUGCACCACCUCCUCCUGGAUGUGCCAGUCCCAACCUCAGUGUACCUCCUAGAAUGGAGACAAGCAAGAGCGAGGGAUCUUGCAGGGCCAUACCAAAUGCAGGCUGGGGAGGAUCAGUCUCAGCCUCUUCUCAGCCUAACAGUGGAUGGGGGGAACCUCCUGCAAAUAAAAAAGUUCCCAAUGGAUCCCAGUGUGGCUGGGGUGAUCCUGUUGCUCAAGGUCCCAAUACCAGUGGCUGUAAUGGCCAAUCCUGGGCUGAGGAAAAGUCCCCUAGCUGGGAUGAUGGUACUUCUCAGAAGAAAACACAAGGUUGGGGUAAUGGAACCAAAACUUCCUCAGGCUGGGGAAGUAGUGGCAGUGGGAAUAGUGGAGAGUGGAGUGACCCUUCAGAAAUGCGAAAGAAUGACUCUGGAAGUUCCUCUUGGGACACUGACAACAGAAACUGGAAAGAAACGCAGAGAGGGUGGGGUAAAGCAGCACCAGCACAGGGUGGUAGUUGGGGUGAUGCUCAACAUUCCAAUGGUUCAGCCCAAGGUUGGGGUGGAAAACUUCAGGAAUCCACAUGUGACAACGGUGGAGCUGGAGGCAUAGGAUCAUGGAGCGGCCCAAAUUCUGUGAAACAGAGCAACUCUGGCUGGGCAUCAGGAGGGCGACAGGAGCCGGGAGAUGAGGCCACAGGCUGGGAAGAACCCUCUCCUUAUUCUGUUCGUCGCAAAAUGGAAAUUGAUGAUGGGACCUCCACCUGGGGUGACCCCAGUGCUUACAGCAAGAGUGUAAACAUGUGGGACAGGAAUAACUCCCAAAAUCAUCCAGGAACCAGCAACAGUAAUAGCCUCACUGGGCCAAACAACAAUAGCAAGCCUCACCAACACCACAGCCAAGGUCCCACUCAGAACCAUGUCAGUGGUAGCAACAACAAUGGAUCACCCAAUCAAGGUGAAUCUCCUCUCAACAGAAUGCCCGUGUUGAACCCAGGCUGGGGAGAGCUCACUAAUGUACAGCCAAACUCAGAACCCUCUUCAUGGGGCGAGCCAGCCAAUUCUAACUCUUCAGUGGGCAAUGGAACUUCAGCUUGGGUCCAGCCCUCUAGGGGCUGUGGGGGAUGGGGUGAAGGUGGCCAUGACUCCAGUGGACCUUAUGGCAGAGGAAAUGCACCUGCUGGAUCAGGCUCCUGUCAGGAAGGUCCCAAAUCUAUGCAAGAUGGCUGGGGAUCAGGAGGGGAAGAGAUUGGCAUGAACACUGGCCACUGGGAUGCUGAUGAUGGUGACAUGUGGAACAGUCCUACAUCCCAAGAUUCCUCUUGUAACUCCUGGGGUCAAUCCAAGAAGGGCACACAAAGGGUCUCCAACAAGCAGGAUGAUGUUUGGAUUAUGACCAGACUUAUCAAGCAGCUUACAGAUAUGGGUUUUCCAAAGGAUCCUGCAGAAGAAGCCCUAAAGAGCAACAAUAUGAAUCUGGAUCAGGCCAUGAGCGCUUUGUUGGAGAAGAAAACUGAACUGGACAAACGGGGGAUGGGCAUGUCAGACUACAGUAAUGGGAUGAAUAAGCCCAUAGUGUGCCGACCCACAAACCUCUCCAAAGACCCCUCACUGGAUCGUGCCCCCUUCCUAGACAAGGACGGUAGGCUGUCAGAUGAUGCUUCAACCUCACCGUUUAUGCCUUCUCCUGGCCUCAAGCUCCCACUGGCCAAUAGCAGCCUCCCUAGCCACGGAUUGAGUGGGGUCUCCUCUGGCCUGUCCAUGCAAAACUUGAACAACAGACAGAUGCAGAAUGGAAUGUUCGGCACUAACGGAGCAGCACAAACUCGGGUCAUGCAGCAGCAGGCCCCGCCCCCUCAGCCACCAGUGCCACCUCUUAGCUCCGCCCAGCCUACUCUACGUGCUCAAGUGCCUCAGCUUCUCACCCCUCAGGUUCAAGCACAGCUAUUACAGUUUGCGGCAAAAAACAUUGGACUGAAUCCUGCACUUUUAACCUCACCAAUAAAUCCUCAACAAAUGACCCUGCUGUACCAACUACAACAACUGCAGGCGGCGUAUCAGCGUUUGCAGAUUCAGCAGCAAAUGAUGCAGGCUCAGCGUAAUGUCUCUGGUCCCAUCAAACAACAAGAGCAGCAAGUUGCACGUACAAUCACAAAUAUGCAGCAGCAGAUCCAGCAGCACCAGCGUCAGCUGGCCCAGGCCCUGCUUAUGAAACAGCAGCAGCCUCCACUUUCCUCUCACACUGGCCUGCACCCAAAUCUUAGCAAGGCAAGCCUGGAUACUUUCACGGGUCAUCCUCAGACUUCAGGCCUCUCCGUUUCAGACCUGCAGACCAAAGAGCAGCAGUCUUCUCCAAACUCCUUCAGCCCUUAUACACUCUCUGGUUUGAACCCGAACACGAAUGUAAACUGUAUGGAGGUGGGAAGUCUAUCUCUCAAAGACCCCCCUCAGCCUCAAUCCCGGCUCUCGCAGUGGACUCAUUCAAACUCCAUAGAUUCCCUGUCAGCUAGCGCUCAGCACAUGGAGGCAAACCUCAACAAGCACGGUUCAAUUUCUUCUGCUCAGUCCCAUGUUCCUGUCGGAAAGAGCACCAUGGAAGAUUCCUUCAGCCCAUACAAUCUGAUGUCAAGCUCUGAAUCCCCCACCAGCACCUUGAUGUCUCCAGAGAGCUGGACACAAGGCAAAAGUCCCAAUGAGAAAAUGUCUAGUAACUCCAAUAUCAACUGGCCUCCUGAAUUCUGCCCUGGGGUGCCAUGGAAAGGUCUGCAGAACAUUGACCCUGAGAAUGACCCAAACAUGACCCCAGGAAGUGUUCCAAGUGGCCCCACCAUUAACACUAACAUACAGGAUGUGAAUCGCUACCUGUUACGUGACAGGACUGGAGGUAAACUCUUGGAAAUGAAGUCUACCUGGUCCCCUGGACCCAUCUCCCACACACAGGCCUCUUUAUCUCAUGAGUUAUGGAAGGUUUCCACAGGGACACGUAACUCCAGUGCUCCCUCACGCCCCCCUCCAGGCCUGACCAACACCAAGCCCUCCUCCACCUGGGGAGGAAACUCUCUUGGCCUCAGCCAGGGCUGGACCAGCUCUUACUCCUCAGAAGGGGGAACUUGGAGCACUGACAGUCCCAACAGAGGAAGCAGCUGGCUGGUACUGAGAAACCUCACUCCUCAGAUUGACGGCUCCACCCUGCGUACUCUGUGCAUGCAGCACGGCCCUCUCAUUACCUUCCAUCUGAACCUGACGCAGGGCAAUGCUGUUGUACGUUACAGCUCCAAGGAGGAGGCUGCCAAAGCCCAAAAAUCCCUGCACAUGUGUGUGCUGGGUAACACUACCAUCCUGGCAGAGUUUGCCGGUGAGGACGAUGUGAACCGCUUCUUUGCACAGGGCCAGUCCCUUACCCCCACCACCAGCUGGCAGGCCAGCCCAGCACCAGGCUCCAAUCAACCCCGGCUGGGCAACCCUGCUGCCAGCCACCCCACAGGCCUCUGGAGCGGGGGUGGAGGAGGUACCAAGACAGUCUGCAGUACCGGGAACAGCAGCAGCGGAAACAGAGGCGACCUGCUGUGGGGAGGUGUGCCGCAGUACUCCAGAUUGUGGGCUCCCCCAAAUGGAGACGACACCAGGGUAAUCGGCAGCCCCAUCCCAAUUAACACUCUGCUCCCGGGAGACCUGCUGAGCGGAGAGAGCAUGUAGGAUGUAUCGGACAUCAUAAACCAACCAAGUCAAAAGACCUAAUGGAUCAAAACCCAUGCAAAUCAAUGUGGCGAUAAUCACUUUUUGUGGAGCUGUAAUGGAGGUUUAGGGUGAAACAAAGCUGCAAACCUCCCAGUGCUGUUUAUUUGUCCUCUGGUUUUUACGUCAGACUCUUUGUUGUGUUCGUGGAUCUUGUUCUUAGUGUUCAAAGACCUUGAGAAGCAAGAAUCAGUAGAAGCAGAAGCCUUUUAAUGCUUUUUUUUUUAUUUCCAAAGGUUGUUUUUUUUUCUCAGAGGUGUUGUUCAGGAGAAGCCAUCAACGAGGCAGCCAUCUGAAAGUGACCCAGGCACAGUGAGACCUCAUGACACUUUUCCCUAUAACGACACUGUUCUGAUGAUUGGAAUGAUCCUGGUACUUUUUUUGGUAUUAAAUUUUGUAUAGUUUCUUCAGAACUUAUAUUAGCCGUAAGUGCUCUCUCUCCAGGUCCUCCUUAAAACGUUUAUUUUAUAAAACCAACAAAAAAACUUAACAAAAAAAAAAAAACUUUGUAUCUUGCACAGUUCUGUUUCUGAGCCAGCGAAUAGGCCAGAGCAAAUGAGAAGAACACUCCUAGCAGUGGCCUGACAGCAUGACUAAUCACCAAUGAACUUUUAUUUUUAAUUCUUUUAGUUUUACAAAAGGGAGCUGCACUGCUCUAUGAUUUCUAUUUACUCACGCCAGUUUGUUUUUACAAAAAUAUGUGUAUGGUUUAAAAAAA